AUGUCGGCAGAUCAGCCUGUCCUGGCAGAAUUCACUGCCCAGUUCCAUCAUGCCCCUUACCCAGCUAUAUCGCCGUCGCGGCCAGAGCUUUCAACCACGGGUAAGGUCGUGGUCGUGACCGGCGCGGCAGGUGGAAUCGGAUCGGCCAUGUGUCGAGCAUUCGUCGAGGCGGGCACAAAAGACCUGGUCCUGAUCGAUCUCAACCAGACGGGUCUCCUCAAACUCAAAGCCGAGCUUGAGGACCAGGGCAAGUCGAGGAUCUACCCUCUGGUGCUGGACAUCACCAAGACAAUGGCGGUCCGCGAAGCCUUCAACACUGUCGAAGCCGUGGCGGGGAAGAUUGACGUCCUGGUCAACAAUGCCGGCUACCAGAAUCUCAACAAGCCACUCCUCGACAUCGACAUUGACGAGUGGUUCAAGUGCUUCGACAUCAACGUCAAGGGUAGCUUUCUCGUCGCGCUCGAGUUCCUGCGGCACUGCAAACCCGACGCUGUCUUGAUCAACAUCUCGAGCGUCCUGGCGCAUUACGGCGUGAGACGGGGCUACUGCACAGGACACAGCGGCUACUCGGCGUCCAAAAUCGCCAUUACAAAGGCCAUGGACAUUAUCCAGGAGGAGCUCCCCACGGUGCGGAUCGUCAACAUGCACCCAGGCUUGGUUGCCACGGCCAUGUCGGCGAAGAUAGGCAAUACCGCUUUUUCUGUGGAUUCUGUCAAUCUGCCCGCCCAUUUUGCCGUCUGGCUCGCGAGUCCCGAGGCCGAGUUUCUGAGAGGUCGGCUAGCAUGGGCAAACUGGGACGUGGAGGAGAUGAAGUCGAGGAAAGACGAGAUUGUGGAGAAGGAUCUUUUGCGUCUCGAGCUGACGGGCAUAUGA